CAAAAUGGGGCUCCCUGCGCUCCCCGACUAGAGCUGCUGCCACCUACCAAGGCUGGCGCGAUCCAGGCCUCCCUUCCUGCCUCGCGUGAAGAGCGAGUCCUGCCGCCGAGGUGCUCCAGGAUCCAGAUCCCAACCGGAGCGGGAAUUUGCUCUGCAUCCCAAAACACAGCUAGGAGAUACCGCUGAAGAUCUCCGGCAUCGGAAAGCCGCAGUAUCCGUGCAGCGUGGCCGGAGGCGUUGCGUGCCGCCCAUCUCUCAGUUCCCAGUGGAGCCAGCACGCAGGGAGGCCGGGAGGAUUUCUGGUCUGGCAUGUUGCCCGUGCCAUGCGUGACCGUCCGUGUCCAUCCUGAGAGCCCACAGCCGCUGCCAGCUCUGCUCCUCGCUGGUACCCUGCCGUACACCCAGGCGGUGCCUGGGAGCUCUCCCACCCCUGAGCUGAGGCUGCCCCUACCCCAGGGUCACUAACCAGUGCCGGUGUCCGGUUUUGGCCUUCGGACCGGUUGACCGGAGCGGGUCACGGCUCUGCUCUUGGCCUUUCCCAAGCGGAGCCUGGCGACAGCCCCGCUCACUUGCCUUCCUCCAGCCGCAGCAGGACCAGCCCCGCGCUCCAGAGAGCUGCGGCUUCGCCGCUCUCAUUUGGGUAUUAAUUACCGCGCGCCAGCAAUUACUUGCCCUGGAGAAGCAGCUGAGGUUGCCUCUCCACUCCGCGUCGCAGCCGCGGGCCCGAGGCUGGGGGACGCGCGGGGAGCGACGGCCAAGCAUCGUUAUCCCUCCAGGUACCGGAGCGGCCUCCUCCCGGGGCGUCUCCGGGCGGGCUGCGCGGAUGCUGCGCUUCGGGCCGGGCCGGGGCUGUGCGGGGCCGGGAGGGAAAAACCCCCACCAAGAGGAAAAACCCGGCUGGGUUUUCGCCCGGCUCCGUGUCCCGGCUGCCCCCGCGCAGCGCUCGGCACCGCAAGGGUUACGGCGGUGCGCGGGGGGCGGAGACGCACCGGGGCGCAGCGGCGGCGGCGGCGAGGGGGUCCCGCUCCCGCACCCCCUCCCCGGGGCCGGCUGUGAGUCAGGGCUUCCCCCCCCCGGCGCCGCUGGGUUCGCCUCCCCCCCAUCCUUUUAUUGCCCUUUAUUUAUUUUAUUUAUUUAUUUUUUCCGCUUUUGCAACAGGCUCCGGCGGGCUGCGGAGCGGCCGGGCAGGCGCAGCAUCGGCCGGGGUAGGGGGGGGGAGGUCGCCCCCCAAAUCCGGCUGCCCCCCGAGGAGGGGCGGCGAGGCAGCGCGGCGGUUUUUUCCGCGCCUGGCAGCGCGCAAGGGCCGGGGAGGCAGAGCCCGGCGCGGCGGCGGCCGUCGCCGGUGGCCUCUGGCCCCGCUCGGGGGGCCCGUUCCCGCGGCGCGGGCGAUGCCCCGGUGAGCGCCCGUCCCGUCUCUCCAGCAGCGGCAGGAUGCCCGGGAACAGGGCGUUCUCGGAGCCCGAGUGCUCGGCCGAGUACUCGGCCGACUACUCGGUGAGCCUGCCGUCGGACCCCGAGCGCGGCGUGGGCCGGACCCACGAGGUGACGGUGCGCAGCUCGGGGCCCUGCCUCUGCCUGCCCCGCUUCAUGCGCCUCACCUUCGCGCCCGACUCCCUGGAGACCCUCUACCAGACCUACUUCCGCCGCCAGCGCCGCGAGACCCUGCUGGUGCUGGUGGUCUUCGCCGCCCUCUUCGACUGCUACGUGCUGGCCAGCUGCGCGGCGGCGGCGGCGGCGGAGCGGCUGGCGCCGGCGCUGGCGGCCGCGGCCGGGCUGGCGGCCCAGGCGCUGCUCUUCGCCCUCUGCAAGUUCGGGCUGCUGCCCGAGCGCCCGGCGCGCCGCUUCCUGCCCUACGUCCUCUGGCUGCUCAUCCUGGCCCAGCUCUUCUGCUACCUGGGCCUCGACUUCGCCCGCCGCCCCGAGGCCAGCGACACGGUGGGCUGGCAGGCCUUCUUCGUCUUCUCCUGCUUCAUCACGCUGCCGCUGCGCCUGGCGCCCAUCGUGCUCCUCGCCGCCCUCUCCUGCGGCGUCCACACCCUGGUGCUGGGCGUCACCGUGGCCCAGCGGCACCAGGACGCUCUCGACCAGGGCGCCUUGCUGCGACAGCUCCUGUCCAACGUUGCCAUCUACCUGUGCGCCAUCACGGUGGGCACCAUGUCCUACUACAUGGCCGACCGCAAGCACCGCAAGGCCUUCCUCGAGGCGCGCCAGUCGCUCGAGGUCAAGCUCAACCUGGAGGAGCAGAGCCAGCAGCAGGAGCGCCUGAUGCUCUCCAUCCUGCCCAAGCACGUGGCGGACGAGAUGCUGAAGGACAUGAAGAAGGACCCCAGCCAGAAGGAGAUGCAGCAGUUCAACACCAUGUACAUGUACCGGCACGAGAACGUCAGCAUCCUCUUCGCCGACAUCGUGGGCUUCACCCAGCUGUCGUCGUCCUGCAGCGCCCAGGAGCUGGUGAAGCUGCUCAACGAGCUCUUCGCCCGCUUCGACAAGCUGGCGGCGAAGCACCACCAGCUGCGCAUCAAGAUCCUCGGCGACUGCUACUACUGCAUCUGCGGGCUGCCCGACUACCGCGAGGACCACGCCGUCUGCUCCAUCAUGAUGGGGCUGGCCAUGGUGGAGGCCAUCUCCUACGUGCGCGAGAAGACGCGGACGGCGGUGGACAUGCGCGUGGGGGUGCACAGCGGCACGGUGCUGGGCGGCGUGCUGGGCCAGAAGCGCUGGCAGUACGACGUCUGGUCCACCGACGUCACCGUGGCCAACAAGAUGGAGGCGGGGGGCAUCCCGGGGCGCGUGCACAUCUCCCAGAGCACCAUGGACUGCCUGAGGGGCGAGUUCGAGGUGGAGCCGGGCGAGGGCGGCUCGCGCUGCGACUACCUGCAGGAGAAGGGCAUCGUCACCUACCUGGUGGUGGUCCCCAAGCCGCCGCUGCGCAACGGCAUCAACGGGGUGAAGCUGUCGCUGACCUCGUCCCACGGCGGGUCCCCGCUGCCGGGCGACGCCGCGGAGCCCAACGGCAGCGCCGGCGGAGCCGAGGAGCCCGACGAGCCCGACGCGGCGGCCCCGGGCGCCGAGGAGGAAGGCGAGGCGGUGAAGCCCUCCUUCCCCAACCCGCGGCGGCGGCUGCGGCUGCGCGACCUGGCCGAGCGGGUCAUCGACGCCUCCCAGAACGAGCAGGAGCUCAACAAGCUGCUCAACGAAGCCCUGCUGGAGCGCGAGUCCGUCCAGGCGUCCAAGGGGAAGAGCACCUUCCGCCUCUCCAUGCGCUUCAUCGACCCCGAGAUGGAGACGCGCUACUCGGUGGAGAAGGAGAAGCAGAGCGGGGCGGCCUUCAGCUGCUCCUGCGUGGUCCUCUUCUUCACCGCCCUGGUGGAGAUCUGCAUCGACCCCUGGCUGGUGGCCAACUACGUGACGUUCGUGGUGGGGGAGAUCCUGCUGCUCAUCCUGACCGUCUGCUCCCUGGCUGCGAUUUUCCCCAGGGUCUUUCCCAAAAAGCUCGUGGCCUUUUCCACGUGGAUCGACCGGACCCGCUGGGCGCGCAACACCUGGGCCAUGGCAGCGAUCGUCAUCGUGACCAUGGCUGACAUCGUGGACAUGCUCAGCUGCCAGCAGGACUACGCCGGGUUCGGCAACGGGACGGUGCCGCGGGCGGGCGGCUGCGGCGAGCAGCCCAAGUACUACAGCUACAUCGCCGUGCUGGCCCUGGUGGCCACCAUCAUGCUGGUGCAGGUCAGCCACAUGGUCAAGCUGACCCUCAUGGUGCUCAUCACCGGGGCGACUGGCACCGUCAACAUCUACGCCUGGGAGCACCUCUUCGACCAGUACGACCGGCGGCGGGGCCAGCACAGCGGGGCCGUGCUGGUGCCCUCCAAGUACUCCAUGACGGCGAUGAUCUUCGUGGUGAUGCUCAGCUUCUACUACUUCUCCCGCCAUGUGGAGAAGCUGGCCAGGACCCUCUUCCUCUGGAAGAUCGACGUCCACGACCAGAAGGAGCGGGUCUACGAGAUGAGGCGCUGGAACGAGGCCCUCGUCACCAAUAUGCUGCCCGAGCACGUGGCCCGGCACUUCCUGGGCUCCAAGAAGCGGGACGAGGAGCUGUACAGCCAGUCCUAUGACGAGAUCGGCGUCAUGUUUGCCUCCCUCCCCAACUUCGCCGACUUCUACACGGAGGAGAGCAUCAACAACGGGGGGAUCGAGUGCCUGCGGUUCCUCAACGAGAUCAUCUCCGACUUCGACGCGCUCCUGGACGAGCCCCAGUUCCGGUGCAUCACCAAGAUCAAAACCAUCGGCAGCACCUACAUGGCUGCUUCCGGAGUGACCCCCGACGCCAACGCCAACGGCUACACCACCAAGAAGGAGACCCUCUCGGACAAGGAGCGAUGGCAGCACUUAGCCGACCUGGCCGACUUUGCCUUAGCCAUGAAGGUGACGCUGAUGAACAUCAACUACCAGUCCUUCAACAACUUCAUGCUGCGCAUAGGCAUGAACAAGGGGGCCGUGCUGGCGGGCGUGAUCGGCGCCCGCAAGCCGCACUACGACAUCUGGGGCAACACGGUCAACGUGGCCAGCAGGAUGGAGUCCACCGGCGUGAUGGGGAACAUACAGGUGGUGGAGGAGACCCACCUCAUCCUGAAGGAGUACGGCUUCCGCUUCGUGCGCCGCGGGGCCAUCUACGUCAAGGGCAAAGGGGAGCUGCUCACCUUCUUCCUCAAGGGCCGGGAGAAGCAGGGCUCCUUCGUCAACGGCUCCUCCGUCACCCUGCCCCACCAGGUGGUGGACAGCUCGUGAGGGCCCAGGCGUCCUGCGCCUGCCAGGGAACACAGCCACCGCCUCCCCGGCGCGGAGGGGAGACGGCUCCGAGUGCCUGCCGCUCGCGCCGCGCGGCCGCCCGCCGACGUCCGCAUCGGAAACCGAACUCGAGAAACCGACCCCCCUCACGCCAUCCUUCCCCACCCGCUCCCCCCGCCGCGGUUCCCAGGAGGGGGAUUUGCUCCGUUUCGUCUGCGCGGAAGGGAGAUGCGCGGCCUCCGGAGGGUGCGGGGCGGACGGCCGUGCCGUCGGCCCGACGUCCGAGUAGCGUCGCGGGCCCGACCGCCGCGGAGCGCUUGGCGCGAGGAGAUCCAAACUCAGGGCCGGAGGGGAAGACGCCACGUCUCUGCCGCGUGCCGGGAGCGGUAGUUAAAAAGCGGGAGCGUUCGGGGUUCGCUGUUAGUUCAUACGAAGUUCAUCCUCGCCACAAGCCGCUGUAGUUAGCAGAGCCGGGGGCAAGAGAGAGCGCGUCGCCUUUGGUUCGGAGGAGAAGAAAAAGAAAACAAUAUUGUGUAUUUCAGAUAUAUAAAUAUAUAUAUUAUAUAUAUAUAAAAGAACAGAUUGACAUUUAUAUUUUUAACUGUGACCAUCCGCUCCCCGCGACGGGGCUCUCUCUCGGCCUGAUGCUGCCUCGCACACGCUGUGGUCGGCUGCUGUCACUUUGCUGUUGCUUGACGGAGGAGAGGACUGGGGAGCGGCCCAGGAGAGGACUGUUUUUUCGAUGCCUUCACCCAAUACUGUCAGGGCCGGAGGGAGAAGGGAGGCACACACAGAGUGUAAUUACGCCACUAGUUUCUUGAAUAGAAGCGGUUGAAUUUCAAA